AUGGUAGACAUAGCUAAGCAGGGUGCAUAUAGUGUAAAGACUAUUGUUACUAUUUGGACUGCUGUUUUUAGGACUGUUUGUUACUCAUUUUGGACUUUGAAUAAUAAUUCUCGAUGUUAUUUCUUUUGUUUGAUUGCAGGAAAAGGAACAAAGGGAAUGCAAAAAUACAUCAUUCUAGAGAAAGGAAGGAAAGCUAUAUUCGCUAUUUUAAAUGAUGCUUGGAGAAGAUACAAAUGCUUUCUUAAAAAGGAGCAUUUUAGUAAGUACAAAACCACGCGCGAGCGGUUAAAAAAUCAUCCUCAUGAGGUACCAGAAGAAGACUUUAAAAACUUAUUGGAAUAUUGGAAAGAAGACCACAGUCAAGAAAUCAGUCAUCAAAAUGCUCAAAAUAUAGCUCAGCUGAAAUACAGACACCAAAUAGGGGAUAAAGGCUUUGCAGUUAUAAGGGAAAAAUGUAAUGAAGAUAAAGAGCCUCCCACUCAAGCUGAAAUUUUUAUUGCUACUCGACAAAGUAAGAAAGGAAAGGAGUUGGAUCAAGAAACCAAUCUUGCAAUUAUAAAGCUUCAAGACUUGAUUGAAAAAGAUGGACAGUCAUCUUUAGAAGCCUUUCAGACUGUGUGUGGCAAAGAAAAACCUGGGAGAUUUCGUUGUCACGGAAGAAAUUCAACGCCAACUCUCUUGAGAAGAAAUGAAGAAAUUGUAAAACUUAAAAGAGAACACGCUGAGGAGAUAAAACAGUUUAAUGAUAAGAUACAAGAGAUAAAGGAGAAACAACGUAAGGAAAUGGAAGCGAUGGAAGGAAAAUUUCAGCUUAUUCUUAAGACAAUGUUGAACUCAAACACUGUAGGAUUGAAUAUAGAUGCUUUAGCAGCUUUUUUAUGA